AUGGCCGCGAAAAAAUCGCAAAAAAUCGAGGCCCAAGUGGUCGAGGCUAUACGGAGGCUGCAGGCUGUUCAAGGAUCGACUACCAGGGAGAUUAGCAAUUAUAUUUCUCAAGAAUACGACAUCCCGAGCGCCGAGAUCAGACGACAGGUUCAGAUCGCCCUGAAACGCGGUGUUGCGUACGGAAUCCUUCAGAAAUUGAAAGGGGGAUGUUACACGUACAACCUGGACUUCCUCGACAGACACCAGGCGCACAGCGCGGCAGAAACUGGCGUGGAUAUGCGGUCACGCAAACGGAGACGAAGUCGUAGACGGCGAGGCCGUUCCAGGAGGCGUAGAUCAGGCAGAAGGAGAAAACGACGCGGCUCUAGGCGUAGAUCCAGGCGUAGAAGACGAUCUCGUCGUAGGCGUAGCAGACGAAGGAGGAGGCCAGACGUGCCUCGGGACAUCGACACCCUGGACGUGAACACGUUGCCCAAACAACCGAGGAGAAGCCACAGCCUCUUAAGAAAAGAGUCCCCGCAAAGCCAGGCGUCCAGCGUGUCGGACGCGUUGGACGAGAAACAAGAAGACUGAUCCUCCUCGAAAGCCUGCCGAACAAUCGAUCGAUC